AAAAAAAGUUCUCUCACAAAAACAUGUCGGCUCAAAAUUGAUGUGUGAGAUAAAUUGUAUUUGAAUAAAAACUAAAUACUACAGUAUAACUGCAGAAAUAAAUGUGUUUUUUCUAUAUUAGUAAAGUUUAAUUUAGCGGUGCACCAUUCCUUGGGUCUCCUAGCUUAAAUCUAGCCACACAGUGUUGAGGGAGAUACCCACUUUGUUAUUUGUAUAGUUUCUGGAGCUGGUUUGGUCGGAGUCAGUCAUCAGCUGGAUGGGGAGAUUGUAAAUUAUCGGAUAACGCGAGCCGACAAGAUGGCCGACUGUUGUUCGUGAGAUAAUGUCAGCAUCUGGCUCAUCAGGCAGCGGCACGGGACGGGGUCGCGGCGGCGCCGGAUCAGGUCGAGCAGAGAAUAACAAACCAGACACUAAAGAGAAUAAAACACAUCAGAAAAUGUCCAAGGCACUAGGCACCUCUGCCAAGAGGAUUCAGAAGGAGCUAGCGGAGAUCACACUUGACCCACCACCAAACUGUAGUGCUGGGCCCAAGGGAGACAACCUGUAUGAGUGGGUGUCCACCAUCUUGGGGCCACCUGGCUCGGUCUAUGAGGGAGGAGUAUUCUUCCUUGAUAUCCACUUUUCACCAGAAUAUCCCUUCAAACCUCCUAAGGUCACCUUCAGAACGAGGAUAUAUCACUGCAAUAUAAACAGUCAGGGUGUGAUCUGUUUAGACAUCUUGAAAGACAACUGGUCUCCAGCACUGACAAUAUCUAAGGUCCUCCUGUCUAUCUGCUCUUUGCUCACGGAUUGUAAUCCAGCGGAUCCACUGGUGGGCAGUAUCGCAACACAGUAUCUGCAAAACAGAGAGGAGCAUGACAGGAUUGCCCGCCUCUGGACCAAGCGGUAUGCUACAUGAGUUCCUCGCCCGACUAUCCUCCACGGAUCAAGUACUAGAUGUCAUACUCAAAACUAUUCUGUACUGAAUCCAUCCUGUUCACAUAAAUUUAAGCUUAAUUAGAAUAUCCAACUCAUACAGAAACAAACUUGCAGUGUAAACAAUGAAUUUAUCAAUUUACUACUUUGUUUUGGUUAGUUUUGUCUCAUAAAAGAUUUCCUAAUUUAAGUGUUUAGAUAUCAGAUAAUAUUAAAAAGAAUAUAAACUAUUUGAUAGAUCUGUUACCUCGUGAGUUGCGUCGCAAGUUUGCUUCUGUCUAUACAGCUUAUUAAUAUUUAGUUGCAAUUAAUGUGAUUGUAUGUAUACAACGCUUGACAUAACAGUUUCAAGUGUUUAGGUUUAGGAUACAAAACUUUUUUAGUUAUGAAAUGAUCAAUUUUCCGUUUAUGUUUGCAACUGUGUUAUAUAUGAUACAGUUAAAUUAUUUUUUACUAAUGAAUGUGUAUUAUAAGGAUAAC